AUGGUCGGCAAGAGAGCCCUGCCAACGCGAGCUUCCACUCAAAGACAGACAUCCUACAAUUCCCGGCCUUGGACCAGCCGCAGUACCAAUGGAGAUGUCGAGAGCGGUAAUGCCGAGUAUGACGACUCUAAUGGCAUUGGAAAUGGCAAUGACGCAGCAAGAACUGCAUUAGAAGACAAGAGGAGAGAAGAGCUGAAGAAGACGAUACUGAACAACAUCCAUCGCGAUGAUCUAGAACAAUUCCGCAAAUCCGAUGAAGAGCUCAAGGAAAUCAAGAACAAGAAGGUGCGAAAGUUCUACGAGCGCCAAAACACUCGCUUAAACGACUGGCUAGAGGUCGACACUAUUGUCAUGGCGAUUGCCGAUGAUGUCUUAGAGUCCAUGGAUCCCGAUCCUGAUCAUGACGGAGACCAAGAGCGGCAUGGGGGCCUUCAAAUCACCUCGGGAAACAUUUACGACCAUUUGCCUAAGGAGGAGAAAGAGAGGCGUUCAAAAGCAGAGUGGAAAGCGAAGUGGGCCAUCAAUAUCAAUGUCCUAGCCAAUAUUCUUCUGCUGAUUGGCAAGAUCGUCGCUGCCUUUACGACUGGCUCACUUUCCUUGAUUGCGUCGCUAGUAGAUUCUACACUGGACCUACUGUGCACGCUCAUAGUCUGGACGACCAACAAGCUGGUCCAAUGGCGGUUAGACGCCUUGAGCAAACGCUUCCCGGUUGGUCGCAAGCGUCUGGAACCUUUGGGCAUUCUGGUCUUCAGCAUUAUCAUGGUCAUAUCAUUUCUGCAGAUUUUGAAAGAAUCUGUGGAAAAGCUCAUGCCGCUGAAAGGCGAACCGGAAAAUCUUGGAAAUGUUGCGAUUGCUGCUCUGGUUGCGACGGUGGUGGUGAAAGGCACCAUCUGGUUUGGAUGUAUGCCGAUCAAGACAACUCAAGUUCAGGCUUUGGCACAGGAUUGCAAGACCGAUGUGAAUUUCAACACCUUGUCGUUACUUUUCCCGCUAAUUGGAUAUUAUGCCAACAUCUGGUGGCUGGAUCCGCUAGGCGCAGCAUUGCUCUCUCUUUACAUUAUUUAUGAUUGGGCUUCCACCACCUUCGAAAACGUAACGAGACUUUCCGGUCAGGCUGCCGACAACGCAACAAUCCAAAAACUCAUCGCCCUUGCCUACCGCUUCAGCGACGUGGUGGAAGGUUUCAAGAACGUAACAGCGUACCACGCAGGAGACGGCAUUUGGGUCGAAUACGACGUUUUAAUGGAUCCUCAGACGAAGCUGUAUCGAUCACAUGAUAUUGCUGAGACGCUACAAUACUGCUGUGAAGGUUUGGGAGAGGUGGAUAGGUGCUUUGUUUCUAUCGACUACAGCUCGACCGGUCCAUCUGGACAUGCCAUGGACGCUGAGCGGGUGUAG